CCAAAUCCUAUCCCCCUUUGGGCAAGCAAUUAUAUUACAUAAUCUUGCUUUGAAGUGCUUGUAGAGGGAUUGUACGCUAAACCGGUUCCUCUUUCUUUUUGUUGUGCUGCAAGGAGCUAGCAAUGCAGCAAAAUUAAAAAAGACCCAGAGCUGGUUUAGGAGGGCAAUCGUUUGUGUGAACUGCAGCAGAGGAGCUGGGGACUUAGGCAAGCAAAACGUUUCAUCCAUUAGAAGAUGUCCAUGCUGAAUGCACGUUCCAUCCUGGUGACUGGGUCCAACCGGGGCAUUGGCUUAGAACUGGUCAAGCAGCUGGUGGAGAAAAGCAACAGGCCAGAAUGGAUCUUUGCCACUUGUCGGGACCCAGAGGGACCAAGUGCUCAGGCCUUGAAGAAUUUGGCUGCCAAGCAUGAGGGAGUGGUUAUCAACCCACUGGACACUUGUGAGCCAAACAGCAUCAAGGCUGCUGCAGCCAGAGUCACUGAAUGUCUGAAAGGAGCCGGGUUGAAUCUUCUGAUAAAUAAUGCUGGGAUUGCAAGGCGAGCUUCUAUAGAACAUGAGACAUCAGAGAAUAUGUCUGAGGUGUAUAGGACCAAUGUGAUUGGGCCCAUGGUGAUCACUCAGGCAUUCCUGCCCUUGCUGAGGAAGGCAUCUCGGGAAAGCCCUCAGAAAGGAAUGAGCUGCAGCAAAGCUGCCAUUGUCAACAUGUCCAGUGCAAGUGGUUCCAUUACAAAUCUACUUGGAUGGGAAGUGGGACAUGCCAUCAGCUACCGCUGCAGCAAGGCUGCUCUGAACAUGCUCACACGGUGCCAGUCCCUGGGAUUUGCUGAAGACGAGAUCCUGUGCGUUGCCCUGCAUCCUGGGUGGUUACAGACAGACAUGGGAAAUUCAGGAGGUAUACCAGCCCCAAUGAAAGUGGAUGAGGGUGUGAAAGAGAUCCUAAACACCCUUGCGUGUCUCUCAGAUAAAUACAAUGGCACUCUUGUAAACAUCGAUGGGGAAACCCUUCCCUGGUGAAAGCACAAUGUUAUUGUCCUCACUGCAAUGGGAACCCAGCACCUGAAUAGACGAACUUCAAUUUCAAUAAAUGCAACAAGUUCUGCUGAAAAUAUUAGAACUUCCUUCUAGCUGCUCUGUGUGCCAGAGAUUCCUUCUGGUUGCUUUAUAUGACCUGCCUGUCUGUUAGUUGUUUUUGUUUUGUGUCACUAUUGUGCCUUCUCACAAACACAGUCUCUGAGUGAUACACAAUGUAAAGGUCUUCUCAAUCCUGAAAAAAAAUGCAAAAGGGAAAAACUUGUUCUCAAAAGUGCUAGCUAAGCAGAUUUCUUACAGGUCAAUGUGUGUUGGAACACUGGUUCCUUUUCAUGGGGAGCAUAGCUGCCAAGUUCUCCCUUUUUUAAAGGGAAAUUCCAUUAUGCUGAAUAGGCUUCCUCGCGAGAAAAGGGAAAACUUGGCAGCUAUGAUGGGGAGAUAUACACAUAAUUAAAAAUAUAAGUUUAAUGCUGAUCUAUGAACAAAAUUACGCACAACACUAAUUAGAAUAGUGAAAUGUAACUAAUCUGAGUUACCAAAUGAAAUUAGACAAAUGCCACACAUUUUGAUAUUUAGGCAGCUAUUGAUUUUUGUUUUUGUUUUUAAAAAAGGCUUUUAAAGACCUAGUCAUUUCAUGGAAUAACAGCUGUACAGUAUAAUCAUAGAAAUAGUUUGUGUUCAGUUACUGAGUUUGUAAUCUUUUGUAUUUUAUAUUUUAUUAUAUUCUACACUGCUUUGAGAAGUUUUGAUUGUGAAGCAGUUUAUAAACCUGCAAGUAAAUAAAAUAUGAUUAGUUAUAUUUACUUACUUUUAUUUGUUUGCUUGCUUCUUGAUCCUGGCUUUGCCCUGUGUUCUUUUGACUUCCUCUUUGGCCCUGGCUACUGGGUCAUCUGGUAGCUCUUGGUUCCUGGUUCUCCUCAUACUGCUACCUACAGCAAAGUGCAGUACGCUUUCUCCAGUUGGUAUCAGUGCUGGUCACACCUGCAGGGGUCAAAUGAAAAGGUGGGCAACCCUCAUGUUGUUUGCUCUUCAUUUUAUUUAUUUAUUUCUAACAUUUAUACACUGCUUGAUUAUUUAAAAAAACUCAAAGCGGUUUGCAAAAAGGUAAAAUAAUGCAAUCAAGGCUUCACUUGACCUGAUUAUCUUCCAUUUUAAAAAAAACUUGUGUGUAGAAAAUGCAAUUUGUCUGCAUGGGAUGAACUGAUUCAUCUGCUGCCACAACCGAAAAGAAAAGUAGUGCCUC